AUGCAGCUUCAUAUUUCAUUUCUGCCUCUUCUCGGAAUUAUUGGUGUCAUCUUUUACAAGUACCUCAUAUAUCCAGUCCAUCUUUCGCCUCUUUCCAAAGUUCCCGCGGCUCACUGGUCGUGUCGGUUCUGCUCUAUCUGGAUAUACUGGUUGAAAUGGACCAAUCAGGAGAACCGCACGGUUUAUGACAAGCACAUGAAGCUGGGACCCUCUAUUCUUCUUGGGCCAAACCUUCUCAGUAUCAACACUUUUGAUGAUGGAGUGAAAAAGAUAUAUCAAGGUGGUUUUCCUAAACCUGCUUUCUACUUCAAUGGUUUUGCUAUUUACAACACGGAGAACAUUUUCACAUUCGAGGACAAUGCGCUACAUUCCGGCCGCAAAAGAAUGAUCUCCAACACUUUCUCCAAAUCUUUCAUCAUGUCGUCUCCGGCAGCACGUGCAGCCACUCGCGAUGUCUUAUUUGGGAGAUAUCUGCCUAUCAUUCGAAAGGCCUCUCAUGAAGGCAAGCCUGUCGAGGUACUUGGAUUGAAUUAUUCAUACUCAAUGGAUACUUUCGUUCAAUUUCAAUUCGGCCGUUCCUUGGGUAGCAAUUUCCUAGAGGAUCACGAGGAGCGGAAGCUAUACCUAGACGGUUUUUUCGCACCUUAUCCGUUUCUCUUUUGGCAGUACUACUUUCCAAAGCUUGCAAAUUUCCUUCGCAACAUUGGACUAUAUUUGAUUCCUCGAUCUGUUGACACGAAAUUUGCUGCUGCCGAAGACUGGAAUCUCCAAAAAUGCGACAGUGCCCAACAGCUCCUUGCAAGAUCUGAGCCCAUUCAUAGUGAUGACCAGCCUGUUAUCUUCCAACAAGCUCUCCAGGCAAUGAGCAAACCCAAUGGUACCAAAAAUGCAUAUCCACAAAGGAUGCAGAUCGCAAGCGACAUGUUUGCCCACAGCUCGGCUGCAUUUGAGACUAGCGGCAACACCGAAACAUAUCUAUUCUAUGAAAUGUGCCGGAAUCCCGAGUGGCAGACAAAACUUCGCGAGGAGCUGCGUGGCGUAAAGCUUCCACAACAAGAUUACUUGAAAAGAAAGGUUGAAGCCGAUGACAUUGCCGCGCCGAAAGAUAUUGACACACUCCCAAUUCUCAACGCGAUAAUUAUGGAGACACUUCGUCUCUGGCCAGCAGUACCUGGCGGACAGCCUAGAGUGGUUCCGAAAACUUGCUCCCUUGGAGGAUACUCUGAUAUCCCCGCAGGCACCAUUGUUCAGUCAUAUGCAUACAUACUUCAUCGAACCCCUGAAAUUUUCCCGGAACCCUCCAAAUGGAAGCCCCAGCGUUGGCUUGAUGCUACACCUGACGAGCUCGCAAAUAUGAAGCGAUGGUUUUGGGCAUUCAGUAGCGGCCCAAGAAUGUGUAUCGGUUCCAAUUUUGCAUAUUAUUCGAUGAAAUAUAUGGUUGCUGCUGUCUAUGCUCAUUAUACUACGUCUAUCCAUGCACACGGCGAUAUGGAGCUGCUCGACUUUUACCUUGCAGGACCGAAAGGCCAUCGAUUGGAAAUUAAUUUUCAUCCAGCACCUUAUGCCGGCGACAAUUGA